AUGGCCGACGAUCAGGGGCUUACAAAGCCGGAUAUUCCAGACUAUCCCUUUGCUGCUCCAUCGAAGAGGAGUAGUUUACCUAGACCUACCAUGGAUACUAAACACUUCGAGCCCACCGUGGUAUACGGCGCCGGCAAUCUCAAAAGAGUACAGAGGCAACCACCAAACUUGAUCAACGAGCCUGGAUCGAUGUCGGGCCACGGUGAGCUCGCCACACUCGCACCCAAAUCAGGCGAAGAACCGGGCGAGGCCCAUCCGGUAGGCGCUGGUGUUACUUCUCAGGAGAGAGGUCGCGAUCACAUUGCCCCGGGAAACAGUCCUCUUCCUCAUUCAAUUAUUCCGCCAGACGCACCGAUAGGAGCAGCGUCCGUCGCCGCGAGCUCGCGGGGGUCCAGCAUCUCGAGUGGAAGUAUCGCAACUGUGACCGAAAUGCCUUUCGCGAGAAAGGACACUGCCGGGAAAUUCAAUGCGAGACAGAGGAAGUUUCUUGCCAAGCGGCCUAAUGCUUUCAACUUUCUUGAUUCCGAUUCUCCGGAUGUAACGCCGGAAAGUAUUAUUCAGUCGAUGGAAGAGGCUACCCGUCGAUCUCCAACCUCUUCUAUGCAAGGCCAGUCACCUUCGAGCCGCAGUACAUCUACAAUAUCGAGUAACUUUAAGGAUGAUGCCUCCGAAACCACCGCUGGCCACGAAACCGACCGAAGCACGAGCCCCGAUCGCAGCGUCGAGGACGGCGAUGAGAGCCAUUCGCCCAUAUCAGUUGGGGCACGGAUAAAGACCUCUCAGGACAGGAUGCGAAGCUACGAGGUGCCGCGCAUUUCGCGAGGGAACCCCCAGCCAUCACCCAUCAUGCCCACCGAUUUCCCUCCUCUAACCCCUAGUCAGGGCACCUCGCAACAUACACCAAGGCCAGAGAGAUUGCCCCUGUCGGGUUACGAACUGCUCGCCUCGAAGUUGUCGACGUCGUCGUCAAGUCGCGCCGGCGCACGUCUCCGUCCUAUAUAUCGCCGAUUCGAAACUUUAAAUCAUAGGGUGUUGCUGCACCUGCAGGAUGAGAUAUGUGAGCUGGAGGAGCAACUCCGCCGAAUCGAUACGGCGGACACGCAAAAUCGGCGCCUUCCGGGCUGCGUAUACCCGGCGUCACGAAGAGCAGAACACAUCUCGGGCAGCGAGCUUCAUUGGCAUAGGACUGACAUUCUUGGCAAAAUCGGGUUCAAGCUAGAGCAGUAUAAUCGGGUGUUAUCAUCGUUCAGGGAGACUCUAGCCAUGCCAACGCCAGCUUUGGCAGACAUGCAUGAUUAUCGCAGCUACCUUGCAACUCAGGCCCCUAUCGUCGAACCCGAAGCUCAUUUUCUUGAUAAUAUAGACGACUUGAUAUGCGUCAGCUACGAGAGUCAAGGGGAUUCGACAGACGAGGAAGCAGUCCCUACGCCGCUGCCACAUUCCGAUUUCGACAUGCCUAUGCCGCCGAGCCCGCUCCUCAGUAAAUCUCGACCAGGGUCAGCCUACCGACAAGAGGAGAGCGUGGCCGAAACUGUGAACAGCGUGAAUGAUGUGCCGCCCAUUAUACCGUUGUCGGUAGCCGUCACGGUAGCCGUCAUCCUUCCGAUUCUGACAUUCUUGAUUAUACCGGGGUACAUGGGUAGGUUGACAGUGAUAUUCCUGGUGGGUCUCGGUGCGCUGGGGGCACUCAUCCAGGGAGGACUCGUCGGCGUCCACGCGAACCGGGAGCUCUUCGUCUGUGUGGGCCUCUACGGUGCCGUGAUGUCCGUUAUCGCGGGGAUUGUAGCGUAA